AUGGCGUCGCGCGCAGCAAAAGCAGAGGCGCAGCCCUCUGCUGCACGAGGGCCUCUUCUGUGUGGGGUCCCCACACCCCCUGCUGCUGCUGCUGCUGCUGCUGCUGCUGCAGCUGCUGCUGCUCCGGCAGCAGCAGGGGGCCUCCCUGCUGCUGCUGCAAGCAGCGGAGUAGGAGGGCACCUGGGCGCUGGCAGCACCCUGGGGGCCCCUGGGGGGCCCCACACAGCCCCCAAUGUAGCAGCACAGUCUUCGCCUGCUUCUCGCGUGUCUUCUGUAGAGCUCUUUGCUUCAAGCGAUGAAGAGAAUAUGUCUGCUAUCAGCAGCAGCGUAGCAGGGGCCCCUAGGGGGGGGGCCCCCUUGGGGGCCCCAGCAGCAGCAGCCACCAUGCAGCGAGCGGGGGCCCUGGGGGGCCCCACAGAUCAGCAUAAACAUCUAAUAGGCGCAGGGGGCCUACAGGGUAUACCUGGGGGCCCCCAGGGGGCCCCCCAUUACGCAGGGGGCCCCCUUGCAACGGGGCCUCAGGGACCGGUGGGUUUGCCUGGGGCGUGGGGCCCCCGGCAGGGGGCCCCCGGGGGCCCCCACCCUUCUUAUCGUUUGUAG